AAUUAGAAUGAUCGGAUUGUAGGUUAGGUAACUUUGACAGUUCAUAAAAAUUACCACAAUGUCGAAGGAUAUUUACGACGUUCCUCUAGAAAGACAACAAGUUUUGCGUGCAAAUGCCGCAAGACGUAUGGAAUUAAGGAAUUAUUUCCUGAAGGAAUCGUCCAACCCCUUCAAAAUUGCAGCUGGAGACAAGGGACACUUGUUCGAUCCGGCUAUCCAGAGAUACCAAGCCCUUAAAGUGACCGAAUACGAGAGGUUCAAGCCGAAUUUGAAAACUUUCAAACACCCCUUCCUCCUAUUCAUUCUGCCAUAUGCCAUCACCACCUACAUGAUGUACACCGAUAGAAGAGACAAAGAAGCAAGAUUCAGGAGGGGUGAGGUGUCUUACAAGGACCGCAACAUGAAAUUCUUAUAAUUUUUCGCGCGAUUCGGAUCGUUAGAGGAUUUUGUAAAUUGUAUUUAGUGCAAAUAAAGUUGAUUUGAAAUCAA